AAUGAGCGAAAGUGCCAAGAACCGCAUCAAAGUUCCGGGCUCUGUUCUGUUCCUAUCAAUCUUCUUUCCGCAGUCUCUUUAAUUGUUUGAAGUCGGGUGCGCUCAACAGACAUCUUUUUCACAGCCUCUCAUACACAGAAUGUCUGUCUGGAACGGCGCACGAACCCUGGGGGGCGGCAGUAUUUCCAAAUCGCUUUUGUCCGAUCUUCGCACGCCGUCGCGGACUCUGCUUGGGCGGGUCUGCAAUCGAAGCCUCCAUGCAGCAGCAUUGACAUUAUGCCGGCAGCACCAGGCGGAGGUAGCGCAGAAAAAGAAACAGAUUCGACAACAUAUCCGAGCGCUGGAGCUGGGACGGAGGCGCUUCUCUACUAGUCCGUCGAGUAGACACGGCCACCUUGAUCCGCCAAAGCCUGGAGAAGAGUUGCAUGUCACAUUUAUCGACAAAGAUGGCGAAAAACACACGUUUGAAGUGGCAAAGGGAGACAAUUUACUGGAUAUAGCGCAGGCCAAUGACGUGGAAAUGGAAGGCGCAUGCGGCGGCUCCUGUGCCUGUUCUACCUGCCAUGUCAUCGUCGAGUCCGAUGAAAUGUACGAUGAUAUACCCGAAGCCAGCGAUGACGAGAACGAUAUGUUAGACCUUGCAUUUGGCUUGACCGAGACAUCAAGGUUAGGAUGCCAGGUACAAAUGUCACCGGAGCUGGAUGGUCUUGUGGUCAAGUUGCCACAAAUGACUCGCAAUUUGCAGGCUUCGGAUUUCGAGAAGCGCAGUUAACAAGAGUUGGAGCGGUAUCGUGGCUCUGUUUAGACCUGUACUAUCAUAAUAU